CAGGAGAAUUACAUAAUCAUAAACACAGAGCUAUCGUUCAAAAGUUCCACAAAAACAUACAACAAAACCGAAAAAACAAGACACAAAUAUGUCUACAAUGAUACCUUCUUUCACGUGUGUCACAGUUCUAAAGAAGCACAAACCGUGUUCACGAUUAGAGAUUAGAGCUCAAAGUUUGAGGGACGAAGGGAGAUCGAGUAAUCUUGUUGAUUCGAAUAUGAAGAUUCUGAAGGAUAGAAUUGAAGCUAUGAGAAUGAAAGAGAGAUUGGAAAUGAACUGUAGACCAAAUGGAUGGGAUUACACCUCAAGUUACAUACGUAAACCUAAAAAGCAACAAGAAUAUUUGCAAACAGUAGCUCUAAUUUGUGGCACAACCAGCUUGCCUGUUCUUAUUGGAACUGGUCUUCUUUGCAUUUUUUCUGUCAUUGCUCGUGUUAACCUAUGAGAAACCGGAAACGAUGACCAAACGACACUAGUUCAAGAAAAGGAAGAAACCAAAACAGAAUCACGAGCUUCUAUCUUUUGCGAAGAUGUGAUGAUUUAGGUGAAUUAAAUUGAUAUUUUAUGUUUAUGGUAAGAAAUCAAUUCUUUAAUUAUGUACAAUUCUAUUUUUUUUUAUUGAAAAGAGACUUGUUAUAUACUAGUUUAAUCUUUUAUAUCGUAUAUUUGACUGGGUUUUGGGUGAUUAUUUUUUAAUAUUUAGUGGAAAUUGUUUCUUAU